UCGUCAAUGGCCCAGCCGCGGUCACACUGGUGAAUCGGAAUAAUCGCGGAAAAAAAGCAGCCGCAUUUUGUAAAUUAAGUACGAAUUAGAACCAAUCUUUUCCUAUCCUGAAAACAAAGCGGCUGUAGAAGUUUGAAAAGUUAGUUCGACGGAGCGGAGGACGCGUGAAAAAAAAGAAGUGAAGAAAAAAGGCAUACAUACAUACGCACGUACACACGUCUCGCUCGGCGAAGGAAUAUAUGUAUCCGUCUGUGUGUAUGUGUGUGUGCAGCAGCUUCUAGGCGUGAAGGAGAGGGAUAGAUUCCCUUCCCGACUCGCGACUUUUGGAGCGUCUCGCGAGCAAGCGAAUGAGCGAGAAAGAGAGCGCGAGCCAUGGAUAGCGUUUGGAUGUUUUUGGGAAACAAAGGCGUUAAGAGCUAAAAUGAUUUGGCACAGCAAGCGCGAUAUAUUUUGGAUACGCAGCCAAAACCAAUUCCAGCUCCAGCCCAGUGUGUUGCUUUGCAUAUGUGCGUGUCUCGACGAAAAGCCGUGGAAAAAGACGCACGCACACACACUCACAAAAGUAGCAGACAAAGCAUCGUUUUGCAAGUGCGAGCGAGAGGCACAAUAGCGCCCUAGUGAAUUAUUCAUUUAAGACUGUCCUGCAGAAUGGUCGUCGGCUCGAACAACACGCGGCGUGGUGAAACUGGCAGCAGAUUUACAAACAGCAGCAGCUCCAGUGGCUCAAACGGUGGCUCCACCGCUUCGGCCAGCAGCACCACCAGCGCAACGUCUUCACUAGCCACCAAUUCCUCGUCGACGACGACAGCUGCGUCUCUGUUGUCGUCCAUGUCCAACAAGGGACAUGGCCCUUCGCCAUCCGCACCGCCAUCUGCACACCACCAGGGAAACCAGCAGCAUCACCAGGCGGCCAAUCACCAUCCACAUGCCCACUAUCAACAGGCGAAUCAACAGCCCAGUCACCACCAUCAGUCGCAUCACUCCUCGAAUGGCAGUGGCGGAGGAUCUUCUGGAUCGGGGUCAGUGGUCAGUGGGCUCAAUGGCUGCAACGGCGGUGCCGUCAGCCGCCUUUCUCAAUCCACUGGCAUGUCGCCGCGUGAACUCUCCGAGAAUGAUGACCUGGCCACAUCGCUGAUCCUAGACCCACAUCUUGGUUUUCAGACCCACAAGAUGAACAUACGCUUCCGCCCCUUGAAGGUGGAUACUCAGCAGCUGAAGGCCAUUGUGGAUGACUUUAUCCACACCCAGAACUAUGAUGUGGCCAUCCAGCGCAUCUACGAUGGUCCAUGGAUUCCGCGUCAUCUGAAGAAUAAGAACAAGAUCGCCACUAAGCGGCUUCACGAUCAUAUCGUUCGCUACUUGCGUGUUUUCGACAAGGACAGUGGGUUUGCGAUCGAGGCCUGUUAUAGAUAUUCACUGGAGGAGCAACGCGGCGCCAAGAUCAGCUCGACGAAGCGUUGGUCAAAGAACGACAAGAUCGAAUGUCUGGUGGGCUGCAUCGCUGAGCUGACGGAGGCGGAGGAGGCUGCCUUGCUACAUUCAGGCAAAAAUGACUUUUCGGUGAUGUAUAGUUGCCGUAAGAAUUGUGCCCAAUUGUGGCUAGGUCCUGCUGCCUAUAUCAACCACGAUUGUCGCGCCAAUUGCAAGUUCUUGGCCACCGGAAGGGAUACCGCGUGUGUAAAGGUCCUUCGCGACAUCGAGGUAGGUGAGGAGAUAACCUGUUUUUAUGGCGAGGACUUCUUUGGGGAUUCCAAUCGCUAUUGUGAGUGCGAAACGUGUGAACGCCGUGGAACUGGAGCUUUUGCCGGAAAGGAUGAUGGCCUGAUGUUGGGUCUCAGCAUGGGUCUCGGAUUGGCAAGCAGUGGCCCUGGCAAUAACGGUGGCUAUCGCCUGAGGGAGACGGACAAUCGGAUCAAUCGCAUCAAAAGCCGAGCCAACUCCACAAACAGCACCUCGAACAGCAAUAGCAAUACUAAUGAUUCCACUGGCACCAGCGAAAGCAGCAGCACGAAUGGGCUGGUGGUUUCUGGUGGAGCCGCAGUGCCUGUUCCAUCGCAGCCAUCAACUGGCGGCAAGGAGGCCACUGCCGCUGUCUCUCUGGUUGAAAAGAAACUGCCUAACGUUGUGGUUUCCCCACUCACGAUGAAAGAGCUGCGCCAAAAGGGCAUGACGAAGUACGAUGCCGAGAUGAUAAUGGCCAAUGCAGCCUACCAGCAGCAGCAUCAUCAUCAACAUCAUUUUCAUCACCAUCAUCAUCAUCAUCACCAUCACCACAAUCACGGCCAGCAUGCAAGUACUGGAGCCGAGGCCACAGCGGCUGUGCAACAAAUGGCGGCCAUGCAGAAACCAGGAGGUGUAGGAGGAACAGGACCGGGAGGAGGUACUGGAUCAGCAACAGGGGGCAGCGUGGCCGGCGGAGCAGGCUCCGAGGUUAAUGGUGGUCGCUCAAGUAACCUGCGCAAAUCGAUGCGAGUGAAUAGUACCAGCAGCAGCAUAUCCACCGCUUCCACAGACGAAGUGGUGGCACCAGUGGUCGUGUCAAGCAUUCCGCUGCCAACCAAGGCACCAGUGGUCCUUGUGCCCCGCUGCAAGCCAGCCCAGAUGGCCAUCGCCGCUCUGCACGAACGUCAGCAGCGUCAGCUUAGGCGUAGCGAACGACAGAAAGAGAAGCUUACAGACGGUGAUAGCAGCGACACCAGUUGCGAGCAGCAAAAGCGGGAGAAAAAGCAGCUGGAUCAUCAACAGCCGCCCAAAACGUUGAUCUUAGCGGAGGAACCACAUCCAGAGAAGAUGGAGGAGAAGCAAAAGGAGCAGCAACAGCAGGAGAAGCGUGUGACGCGAAAUAGUGCAGGAAGAGGAGGAUUUGUAGCCAGAUUAGCCACUGCCCAUAACAAUAACAUUGCAACCACAACAAACAACAGCAGCAGCAGCAACAAAGCAACAACGAUUACAAAUUGUAAUAAUCAUAAUAGUAAUAAUAGCAGUAGAAUUAAUCAUAAUUCUAAUCUUAGCGGUAGACUUAGUGUUAAAUCGAAGAAGCCAGCACCAAGUGAGGCCUCGUCCAUACCCUCAUCUACAUCCACAUCCUCAGAAAAUCAGCAGCAGCAGCAGCAGGCAAUGCAUCGCAGUCGCAGCCCGAGUCCCGCCUACAAGAAAAACCUUUUGGCUAGCUUCGAUCCCGACCCUCCUUCCAACAAAUCAAUCAAGGAGCCGCAGCAGGAGCACCAAAGGGACGAAGGGGUUAUUAAUCCACCGGUCAAGCAGAAACGUAGUCGACGGGCAGCAGCCUUGGCAGCGGCGCAGAGUAUCCACUGCGAAGCCUUGGGUGGAUUACCAUCGGGAUCUGCUGGUGGGGGCCAACGGAAGAGAGCCCAGACAGGAGAAGUUGCCACCUCAUCCGCUGUAAUAAGUAAUGUGGAACCUCUGCUUAAGACCCCAGAGCGCCGGCUGAAAUUAACGCUACGCAUGAAACGUUCGCCGAUCCUUGACGAGGUUAUUGAACUCGGAACGAGUCUAAGCAAUGGAGGAUCUGGCCGGAAUGCGGCUGGCUCCCAUCGCGGUGGAACAAGCGGAGAAGGAUCAUCUGGAGCUGCACUUAAUUUAACCGGCAGUAAUUCCAAUGGCAUUGAGUACGAGAUACUGCGAAUGGAGGGCAUUUCUGAGCAUGGAAACGAUGAUGACGAGGAGGAAGAUGAAGAGGACGACGACGAAGACGAAGAGCAAGCUGCCGAAGAAGACGAGCCGCCGCCGAAGGAGGAGGAGCAGCAGCAGCUGCCUACCAAGAAGCAGAGAAAGAAACAACGCAGCCGGAGCAGGAGUAGCCAACGCAGAUCGCCAGCGCCGAGCAGUAGUAGUGUUUAUGGCACACCGCAGAAAAAGCGUCUUCGUUUGAUCUUUGGCAACGAAUCCCACACAAUAGACAUUCCACCAGCAGCAGCAGAGGGAGCGGGUAGCGGCAUGGAUGACCUAAACAGCAGUGGCGGCGGUGGUGAUGAGUCCUUUAAUGUAUCGUAUGCCAGCAGCACCAGUUUGACUGUGAAUACCUCCUCAAGCAGCACCAGUUCGUCUGGCGGCGGAGGAGGAGCCACUUCUUCAUCCGCAGAAGCAGUGGAUUCAUCCACGGUGGGUCAACCCAUUGCUGCCCAAUCACCCUCAUCGACGACCAGCAGCUCCUUUCAAUCGGCCUGCACAUCGACUACCAACAGCAAUAGCUAUUUUCCCAAUGGCAAACAGCGAGGUGCUGGGGAGGAUUCCUAUGCGAUGCAUUACUACCAGUUGGGAAAGUUUACGGGAACUUCAAGUCCGGGACAGGGACAGGCUAUUGUGAGCAGCAGCAGUGGUUCUUCAGGAGGAGGAGGAGCUGGAUUCCUGAGCAUGCCAAAGCACACAUUUGGCACAUGUGCCCUCCUGGCGCCCACCAGUUUUGCCAGUCUGCAAAAUCAGCAGCAGAUUAACCAGCAGAAGUCCAGCGGCGGUGGAGGAAUAGGAGUUGUUGCCACUUCUACGUCGACAGCCUCAGCUGCCUCUCAUCAUCAUCAUAACAACCAUCAUGGCCAGAAAUAACCAACGACUGAUCUCCAAGCAAAUUGACUAAGCACAGCUGCCAUUGCCAAGAGAAGGGGAGGAACAAGAAGGAGGAGGGAAAUCCAGGACAAGGAUUUGGAGGAGCACAAUGUGAAAAAAACAGGAAAUGCAACGGUGGGAGACCACGGAUUGCUGCGCUGCUGGCGUCGUUGCCUCUGCUGCUGCUGAAUCUGUAAAACCCUAUAGAAACCCUAGAAUUAGAUCUUAGUCCAAGUAGAUCCUUGAUAUAUCCUUGGUUUUCACAUUCAGAAAGCAAAAAGCAGGCUGACAAAUUUGUUAAAUCGAAUCCGGAUAUAUAUACCUGAUUAUAACUGUUUCUUUUUUUUUUUGCUUUCUUUUCUAUUUCUCUCUUUUUCUCUUUGUGAUUACUCCCAACUUCUCCGAAUCCUUUGUGUCCUUUAUUUUAUGUUCGCGUUGCAUGUUGCGUGUGUGUGUGUGUGUGUGCGUGGUGUGUUUUCUUUUUGCAGGUGGAAAUUUAAAGCUUAAGAGUAGGAAAAGAUUGGAGGCAAAUGCAACGAGUUGCAAAUACGACAGCAACAGGAGGAACAUCAGCAACAUCGGUAGCAGUAGCAGCAGCAGCAGCAGCAGCAACAUCUUCAGCAACAGCAGUACCACCAACAGCAAUUUGAUAGUAAAAAAGCUAAGAAUAGAAUUAAAUCGCAUCCAAAUCAUGUACAGUUGAGGAAUAACCAGCAGAACGAAAAACAAGCAGCCCAGGAUCCAUAAAAACAAUAACGAAUAUGAGGAAGGAUAUAGAAAUCAUAUUCUAAAUGCAAUGCACACAGACACAACAACGCAAUUAGCAGCGGUUUUAGACGCCUUACAACCUAACGUUAACUUUAUAUGAAACAAAAAUCUUAUAUUUACAAACGAAACCAAUAAAUAUAUAUAAUGGAUACUUUAGAAAAUCCCACAAAAGCCAACAACAAAACAAUAGUGCAGCAGCAGCAACAACAAGAACAGCAAUAUAUAAACAACUCAAUUAAGUAAUUAUAUAUAUAAAUAUAUAUAUAUAUAUACAACAAAUUUAAUAUUAAUAAUAACAAAUCAGAAGAGUAGAAAGGGGAAAGAGCGAAACAUAGCAAAUCAUAAAUUCUCACAAAACAGAAUACAAUGUAUAUAAAGCAAAACGAAACGGAGAAUUGAAUUAUGAAGCCAGCGGAAGCAAAAUAAAAUGAUUAAACCGAAGAUACGAAUAAAACUGCUAAAAACAAUUCGAAAAAUUGGUGAUUCAAGUGGUUCAGCGAUUUAAAUAGUCUAGUUACAGUUCAAUGUAUCGUUUAAUCCAUUCGAUUCAAUGCAAUCAAAUCAGCUCACACACAUGCAUACUCCAUCAUUUGAUUCCAAGCCCCGAAACGUCUUAUCCAUAUUUUGUUAGUUCUUAUGUUGUUCUUCUUCUCUUGAAAGUUUAGUUCUUAAAAAACUAAGCCAUUGCAACUGCACACACACACAUACACACCCAAAUGUAUUUGGCCUACAAACCGAUUCGAUUAUACUUUUAUUACCUGUAGUAAUAAAUAUGGAUAUGAUUUUUUAACGAUACGAUUAUUUUUUGUUUACCUAUAAGUUUAGUUGCUAGCAUAUAUAAUUAACAUUAAUCAUAUUCGAUAUAUAUUAUAUACUUUAUUCAUAUGUGUAA